GACAAGAGUAAGUUGGCGGAGGACAGUGCGGUGUGUGAGCGGACGACUAUGACAGACAGCUGAAUGCCAACUGUCUUGUCAAUUGUCUUUCCAUUGUUACCUUUGGAUACCCUCUUUGCACCCUCUUCUACUCUUCGACCACGAUCGCAGAGUUGAAAUCAGACGGUAGCGCUUGCAGAGUUAUAUUUGCCGUCAUUCUUCAAUCCUGAUUCCUGACCCUCAGGGUCGUUUGACGCAGCUGGCUGCCUCUACUCACACACUCGCUUCCCCUUCACAAUAUUCACCACUACACGAGGCCUUCUAUAUUCUUGCUGCUUAGCCCCUCAUGAAUGGAGUCCGACGCUUUCUAGGCGGUGGCGGAUCAGGUACCACCACCCCGACCACGCAAGGAACACCUCUCCCAGCCACGCCUCCGACAACUGCACCUCUCUUUAUCUCUAAACCAUCAUGGCCACCCAAUUCUCCUCCACAAUCGCCACCAGGCACCUCUCCACCACAACUCACCAGUCCGAAGACUACAACAGCUGCAUUGUUCUUCCGAAGAGACAAGCAAAGACCUAUCCCAACAUCAGAGGACGAGAAUGGGAUCGCUAAUUCAUCAUCUAUUCAAUCACCUCGUAGCUCUAAUGGGAUCCUUUCGACCCCUUCUACCCCUUCGCGAAGCACCAAUGGUCUGCCUCAAGCAUCAUCACCUGGCGCAGGUCCUUCAUCUCCGAGCCGACUUCCGCUUCCUCAGCGUGUCUCUCAACUAUCUCGCAAGUCCGUGGAUCGUGUUGCACCUGCAAGCUUAGAUUUGAAGCGGAUAUCUGGAACAUCCAACAUCAGAGAUGAGUUGCUCAUAUCACUGCUCGCGAGUGAAGCGGUCGUCGAUAGUCGAGGAUAUGAGGCUCUGAGCUCGGAAGAGGUGGAGGAAUUGAAGAAGGAAUAUCAAGUUCUUUCGUCACGCUUGGUGGCCCUAAAUAAGAAAUUGCAACUGGAGACCAAGAUGCGCGAUGCUGCCCUUUCUCUCUCAAAAGCCAAUGCCUCAUAUAAGAACGUCUCCAAGCAAAGUGCUGACCAGCUUGAUGCUGCGAAUCGCAAGGUGGAGACAGCCCAGAAAGAACUGUGGAAAGUCUCGGAACGGGCGAAUGAGAUCCAGCGUAGGCUGCUGGAGCAUCGAGCUAGCGUACUCAGCUACUCACUGAGCAGCUUAGAGAAGAAGAUCGCACCUCCAGACACUGCAAGUGGGGAUACUAGUACUAAUUCAGGAUACAGUACACCAAAUCGAAGUUCCCAAAUCAGUCCGACGGCCACUAGCAUGACAAGUCUCCAAUCCGCCUCCUCAAAAGCCCGCUUCGAACAUUUCUUUGCCGGUCACUCUGAUGCUGUCACACCUUCAACACCUCGACGUCCACCCACCACGGCCGAAGUCCAAGAGCUCGAGGAGAAGCUUAAAGCCGCAACAUCUGCAUUGGAAGCGGCGAAUGCUAAACAGGCGAAGAUGUCACGAGAACUUUCCCUUCUUCGAUUAGAUAAAGAACAAAUCGAGACUACUCUGAGCAUGGAGCUUCAGAAUGCUGAAGAUACCAUUAACGCUCUGGAGAAGGAGACAGAUAGGUGGGAAGAGGUCGAUGUGCAGUAUAGGAAAUUGCAAGAAGAGAAGGACGUUUGGGAACAAGAGCACGUCGAACUGGAGAGUCGGAGACAGGAGGUUGGUGAACUUCAGCAGAGGGUUCAACUUCUGGAACAGCGAAGUGGCGAAGCUUCGGACAUCGAGCAGCUCAUUGUGAAGGAGAGGGAAACGCACAAGGUCGAGAUAGAGUCGAAGUCUCGAGAGUUGGACCAAGCCAAACAAGCAUGGGAGGCGGAUCGCGCUGCAUGGGAACUCGAGAAGUCCACGCUCGAAAGUCAGAUCCAGGAAAGUGCUGCCAAGUUACAAGAAGCCCUGGUUGCCGGUGAACAUAAAGCCAAACUGGACGAAUGCUUUGACGCAUUGCGCGAUCUCGUUCAAGUCCAUGGUAUCCUUCUAGUCACUCGAGAACCGACGCUUACAGGUUUGGUCGCUUCAGUUGGACACCAUCUUGAAAACUUCAGCAUUAAGCUCACUGCGAAUACUCGUGCACAAGAGGAAUGGGCUGCCGUUCGGACCAAGUUGGAAGAAGAUGUCAGGGUUGGCUUGGAUAAGAGAGAGGCACUGUUCGAAGAACUCGACAAGGCCAGACGUGAGCGCGACGAAGUGAAAUCCGAAGUCCGAGAUUUGCAAGGUCAACUUCAGGAACAAUCGUUUGCAUCUGUUGCGUCAUCUGUGUCUCUAAGUGGGCCUGUCGAGUACACUGGCGAUGCUGAAAAGGUCGUCGCAGUUCUCAAGCCUCUCUGGGCAAUCCUCCCUUCUCCAGAAGCUCGUGCGGGCAAGAUGGGCAGCAGAUUCCGGGCAGGUUCACCCGGUUCACCAACAAGUUCACCAGUCACACCACGACCUGGUCCGUCACUCUCCGAGAUGGAUGUUCGAUCCCUCAAGACGCUCUAUGAUCCCAAGGGGCUCCCUUUCCAAGCCGGCAACAAGCCCGAGUCAUUCACCGUUGAGGCCUUUGCUGAUCGCGUUCAAGCUCUUAUUGCUGAUGAUCGCGCGCUCAUUGAGAGGUUGGUUCGCUUCGCUCAGGCGCAUGACCUCUUAAAGAAGAAUGCAGAACGUGCGCAGAAACUUGCUCAGGAGAGUAAUAUUGCGUUGGAGACCUAUCAGAAGCAAGUCAAAUUGCUAGAGGAAAGGGGUCUCAGCAUGAUGACCAAGCAAGCCGAGCUUCAGGAUGAAGUCCAUGACCUGCAAGAGACUAUCGACCUUAUCACGGCUGAAAAACUUGAAAUGGAAACACAUGCCGCUGAACAGGCUGAGACGUGUCGACAACUCACUGACGCCAACAAUUCUCUCAGUGCUCGGGCACUCACUCUGGCAUCGGAAGCCGCCUCAGCCUCGGACGGUGCACGAAAACGUCUAGAAGCAGAACUCGCAGAAUGCAAUGCGGCUUUGAAGAAAGCAAGAGCCGAGAUUGAUUCCAUGCGGGAGUCUCAGCAAGUGCAGCAAAUGGCCCUCAUGGAAGAACUGAACUCUGUGCAAACGGAGAACGAUAGUUUGCGUACACAGCUUCGAGCGAAAAAGUGACUGUGAGCUUUCUUUUCUUAUAUUUUUCUGGGUAAUAUCUUCGAUAUCGUUUUCUUGUGUACAUACCCCUUCCAUUUCUAUCUCUAUUUCUACUUACAUUUGGCCACUUUUUAUUAUUGGUGGUUCGGAUGGUGGAUCCUCUCAUUGCUAUCUUGCUCCCAUACCCCCCAUUUUUCUUUCCUUCCUCCUAGUCGACAUUUGUAUCCUUAUUGCAUUGAUCUGAUGUCUGCAUGCUGUAACACGAUAUACCACACACCGAUAGAGCCGUCCAUAAUACAACUCACGCUAUCUUCUAUUCUACGUCUAAGAGUUUCUCAGUGUCAGGAUCUCUUUGCGCUACAAUGUAUAUCCGCCACAUAAUCCUGCCGCCAGGAGUAGGGUGACUCGUUAACUCACCAUGGUAUCAGCGACCAAAAGCCUUGGGAGUUACUUCCAUGAUCAUUGCCGUUGAAAAAAGGAAAUGUAUACGAAGUAUUUGUAGGUUACGUAUCGAAUACAAUCAGGGAGAAUUAUAUGUGAGAUAGCAUUACGCUCGCUC